ACCGGCACAUCCCGGCUCCUUCUUCCUCUGAGCAGCGGGGGUGGAGAGAGAGGGGCUGGGGGAGGUCCCCUCCGCCCCCGUCGGAGGGAGCGGAGCGAGGGGAAAGCAUGUGAAAAGUGUGCCUAUUUCUUCAGGUCUGUGGACGUGAGUUUUACAUUGGAGCUAGAGGCAGCAUUUUUGGCACUGCUUUGCAGAGUGGCUAGUUUAGUCCACCAUCCUAGAACAGCAGUUCAUUGUGUGCUUCAGUGAGCUACAGCUUCAGUUUUACAGAUACAGUGUGGUCCUGACAAGCUUCUUCUGGUGUCAGUAACAGACUUUUUACCAUGAGCAAUUCUACUCCAGCUACAGAUAAUGAGAAGAAAAAAAGUAAAGGAAACAGAUCGCCAUGUUCCCCUUCACGUGUCCUUCAUAUUCGUCAAAUUCCAAGUGGUGUUACUGGAGCAGAAGUCGUUUCAUUAGGCCUCCCUUUUGGCAAAGUAACCAAUCUCUUGAUGCUAAGAGGAAAAGGUCAGGCAUUUUUGGAAAUGGCUUCUGUAGAUGCUGCUGUUUCUAUGGUCAACUACUACACUCCUGCUACACCUCACCUCCACAAUCAGCCAGUUUAUAUUCAGUAUUCCAAUUACAAAGAACUUAGGACUGACAAUCAACAUAAUCAGGCUAGACCCCAAGCUGCAUUGCAAGGUGUGAAUGCUGUGCAGCAUGGAAACCCGGGUAUUACAAGUGCUCUUGCUGCUGAAGGUGGGGUCCUUCCAAGUCAUGGUUCUGUUCUUCGAAUCGUUGUUGAAAAUGUUUUUUACCCUGUCACUUUAGACAUACUGUAUCAGAUUUUCUCUAAAUUUGGCUUUGUCUUGAAGAUUGUCAUGUUCCAUAAGAACAAUCAAUUUCAAGCCUUGCUCCAAUUUGCUGAUGCAACGAACGCAUAUUAUGCCAAAAUGUCUCUGGAUGGCCAUAGUAUCUACACUGGGUGCUGCACUCUGCGUAUUGAUUUCUCCAAGUUAACUAAUCUAACGGUGAAGUACAACAAUGACAAAAGCAGGGAUUUCACUCGCAUUGACCUUCCUUUUGGUGAUGGCCAGCGAACCGUGGAGACAUCCUUAUCUACUCCCUUUGCCACCCAAAAUACCAUCUUUCCAUCAUAUACAGGGCCUCCUGGGUUUGCCCCAGCCUUGGGCUUUCCUCAAGGUGCAGGUCCUUCCAUUCCGCCUGUUCCUGGAGCACUUGGUCCUCUCACGGUCACCACGUCAGCAGCGCCUGGACACAUGACUAUUCCUGGUAUUCCAGGAAGCUCCGUUUUAUUAGUCAGCAACCUCAACCCUGAAGCCAUCACACCUUAUGGACUUUUCAUCCUAUUUGGUGUGUAUGGUGAUGUGCAUCGUGUGAAGAUCAUGUUUAAGAAAAGAGGAAUUGCUUUGGUUCAGAUGGCAGAUGCAAGCCAGGCUCAAUUAGCUAUCAGCUACUUGAACGGACAGAAGCUUUAUGGAAGGGUCAUGCGUGCUACUCUUUCAAAAUAUCAGACAAUUCAACUUCCUCGGGAGGGACAAGAGGACAAAGGUCUGACAAAGGACUACAGCAAUAGCCCUUUACAUCGCUUUAAAAAUCCUUGCUCUAAGAACUUCCAAAAUAUCUUUCCUCCAUCUGCCACCUUGCAUCUCUCAAACAUCCCGCCUUCUGUUACUGUCGAUGAUUUGAAGAAUCUUUUUACAAGUAAAGGAUCUACUGUGAGAGGCUUCAGAUUUUUCCAGAAAGAUUGCAAAAUGGCUCUUAUCCAGCUGGGCUCUGUGGAAGAAGCAGUUCAUGCUCUCAUUGAGCUUCACAAUCAUGACUUUGGAGAAAACCAACAUCUCAGAGUUUCCUUCUCAAAAUCUACAAUCUGAAUUUUCUGUGAACUUUCCCUUUAAGGCUGCAAAAUGGUUUAGUAAAAUCUUCAAACAGAGACUGAGACAACUGUGACCAACUCUGUCUCUUAAAAAAAACCUCAUUCAUACACAAAGAAUUAAGUGAUGAUUUUUUCUGAUUCUAGCUGCAAGUAUGUCAUACCUAGAAAGAUUCUUCUGUGAAAUAGUUUAGGAAAAAUAUUUAUCAUCAAAUUUCCUACUUAAAAUGGUAUUUUGAGAACGUUUUUUCAGCUUUUGUUUGAAAUCAGCCUUACAAAAAAAAAUUUAGAGUGCUCUUACAUAUACCAAACGAGUAUGUUUAGUGAAAUGGUAAAUGUACUCUGUGCAGAUUAAACACUAAUUUGAAUGUGAAAUAGUGCUCGGGUUUCUUGAAGAAAAGCAAACAGUAACUGUGAGUAUCCUCUAGGUAGUAUUUAUGUUACCAAGGUGUGUGUUCAUACUUUGGCAAAUCUUUACAAAUAACUUGUUUAUAAAAGUAAAAAGUCUGUGCUGUUCUUAUAGAUUAAAUUAUUAGAGAGAAGACAGCGCCUUCUCUCUGUGGAAUAAAAGGUGUUUGACAAGUUUCUUCAAGAUGUAUUGGAGAAUUAGGUUGACUUGACCAUGGGUUGGAACUUUGAUGUCCUAUUUCUACUAUGAAGGGAUAUGUAAUAGUACCUUGGAGAAAGUAAAACAAGAAAAUGGUCCUGAUUUAAAAUAAUCUUUUACAUUUCUCUAAAUAAUUAAGUGUUUGCAAUCUUACAGAAAAUAUUCAGGUCUAUGAUGGUUUCUCAAGUUUCUAAGAAGUUAUUUUUGCUAAGGUCAUCUUUCAGGGCAGAAAAAUUAAACCUCGAGAUUUUUUACCACUCUAAAGUCUAAUUCUUAAAUUACUGUGUAUUUACCUAAUUUCUUAUUAUGUGCCUUACUAUGUGUGUAUGAUACAAUAGAUUAGAGUGUUAUCUGACGUAUCUUGCAAAAAUAUUGUGGGCUUUGUGAAAAUUCUCCUCUUCCUCUUUUUUGAAAACGUUUUCCAUAAUACUUCAAGAUACAUUUUUUUUUAUUAAUUAACACUUUGAAUUCUAGUUCCUUGUGUUUUCUUAUGGAGAUUGCAUAUAGAUGGGAAUGAGGUUUCAUUCAUUGUGUAAUCACGUAGGGAUUCUUUAAAUUUACCUAGUUGCACUUCUCUGGUGGUAGUACUUCACCGAUAAAAAAUUCACACCCAGACAAAAUAAAUUAAAAAACCCAAACAAACCUAUAUAGGAAAGCCAAACAGCAAAUACAGUUCAGUUUCUGGACUUAGUCUAACUUUUUGAGAGACACUGGCUGUAUCAGAAUAUUCUCUUUCAGGUUUCUGCAUUUCUUUAUCAGUAUUAAACUUUAGGUAAUAGAAUGCUACCAUUCUUUCCUUUGUAAGUAUGUUUGAUACUGAAUCUUGGUUUCUCUUUGGGGAAUGAGCUGAGAUGCACUUAAGUUUGGUCAUGAGUGUACAGAUGAAUACUAAUGACUUCUGAUAGUAUUUUUAAGAGCUAAAUCUCAUUUUAAGGGCUUUUUUUUCUAGCAUUUUCUUUUACAUGAAUUAAUUGAAAAUAAAUUUAAUUUGACUUUACCACAUUUUAAAGACCCAUUUCUUUCAAACAUGGCAUUUACUUACUUCUAACUAUUGCAGAAUGUUUCUGCUGUAAUGUUUUGCCACUCAUAAUUGUUUUCAUUCAUCUGAGUUGUAUGAGUUUAUCUUUCUAGAAGAAAGAGUGUUCUGGGUAUUCUGUAGUGAGCUUUCUCAAAUUUUCCCUCUGAAUUAUUUUUGCAAAAUCAGCCCAAUAGUAGCUUGCCAGCUCCUGCUGCAGCUGCACCCUGAGCUACCUCAGCGAAUGUGUUCCUCAACAGUAGCAGCCAAUCUGACUGUACAGAUGUAGCUAUAACAAGUGCCGUACAACACAACUAUAUGAAUAUGCAGAAUGUACAAUGUACUGGAAAGUUCAACUGGCUUAGGAAUAGUAUUCCCCUUAGGGAUGUUACCUUUUGGAUUUCACAGAAUCAUAGAAUGGUGUGGAUUGAUCUUCAUGAGCGUCUCACGGGCCCCCCUCACAGUCUGUCCAGGUCCUUCUGGAUGGUAUCCUUUCCCUCUGGGUGUGUUGACUGUACCACACAGCUUGGUGUUGUCAACAAACUUGGUGAGGGUGCAGUUGAUUCCACUGUCCAUGUCACCAACAAGAGUGUUUAACAGCUCUGGUAGCAGUGCUUAUCCUUUCACAACACCACACAUUAUUGGACUCCACUUGGACAUCAAGCUGUUGACUACAGCUCUUUGAAUGUGACCAUCCAGCCAAUUCCUUUUCCAGGUCCACGCAUCAAAUCCGUGUCUCCAGUUUAGAGACAAGGUUAUUUUGUGGGACAGUGUCAUGCUUUGCACAAGUCCUGGUAGAUGACAUCAGUUGCUCUUUUCUUAUCCACCAUUGCUGUAACUCUGUUGCAGGCCACUAAAUCUGUCAGGCAUGAUUUGCCUUUAGUGAAGCCAUCUAUGUCAUAAUCUUACUGGGAACCAAGGUGGGACUCACAGACUUAUAGUUCCCUGGGUCUACCUUAUUUCCCUUUUUCCAAAUGUAGGCUAUAUUUCCUCUUUUCCAGGGAAGCUUUAGUUUUCGCAGUUUCAUAGACUUAGGCUGCUCAGAAAACCUCUUUUCCUCCCAGGCUACAUGUCAUUAUUUCCAUUCUCUGUAGCCUUUCUUUCAGUGUUUGAGUUCAUCCAGGAACUCCUUGUCCAUCUAAUGUCAUCCUGAUGUUUUUACCUGACUUCCUCUUUGUUGGGAUAAUCACUCCUGAGCUUGGAGGAGGUGAUCCUUGAAUAUCAACCAGCUUUCUUGGGCCCCUCUUCCCUCCAGGUCUUUAUCCCAUGAUUUUCUACAAAGCAGAUCCCUGAGGAGGCCAGAGUCUGCUCUCCUGAAGUCCAGGUAGUGAGCUUUCUGUGCACCUUCCUUGCUGCCCUAAGGAUCUCAAACUCCCUUUCAUGGUCUUUGCAGUUGAGGCUGCCCUUGAGCUUCACAUUCCCCACCAGCCCCUCCUCAUUGGGAGAAAAAGGCCUGGCAUAGCACCUCCUCUCCUUGGCUCUUCUAUCACUUGGAGAAGGAAGUUAUCAUCAUGGCACUCCAGGAAGCUCCUGGAUUAUGUGCUGCUGUGUUGACAGAUAUUAGGGUGGUUGAAGUUCCCUAUGAGGAACAAGGUUUGUGUACAUGAGGCUGCUCCUCUCUGUCUGUAAAGGGCCUCAUGUUCUCUGUCUUCCUUGGUCAGACAAUCUGUAGCACACCCUCACUAAAAAGUCACCUGUCCCUUGCCUGCCUUUAAUCCUGACCGAUUAACUCUCAGUCAGCUCCUCAUCCAUCCCCAGGUGAAGCUCCAUGAGCUCCAGCUCAUUAUUGACAUAGAGGGCAACACAAUCUCCUUGUCUACCCUUCCAGUACUUCCUGAAGAGCCUUUAUCCUUCCAUUCCAACACUCUUUAGAGCCAUCCCACUGUUUGUCCAUGACAUGCAACUGAGAUCAUAAGCCUGCUGGCAUGCCCACAUCUGUAACUCUUCUUGUUUAUUCCCCUUACUUUGUGCUAUUGCAUAGAUGCUUUGGAGUUGAGACCCUAAUGAAGCUUACUGGCUGGAGUGGCUAGAAUUUGUCUUGUUCUUCAGGUGCAUUUCUGCUGACCUGUGAUCCCUCUUCAGGCUCUGGACAUCUGUUGCUGGCACUGGCACCAAAUUGGGGAGUGGGGUAGACUGAGGUUCCCUUCCCCCCGGCAUCUUUAGUUUAAAGCCCUUCUCACCAGCUUGGCAAGCCUGUGGCAGAAGAUGCUCUUCCCCUCUUCUUACAGGUGCACCCCAUCAGCCCUCAGCAGACCCAGUUUCUGAAAGCAAGUUCCAUGGCCGGAUCAGCCAAACCCCUGGCUGGGACACAGCCUCAGAAGCAUUUGUUGAUUUGCCAGAUUUGACUGUCCCUUUCAAACACCUUCCCUUUGACUGUGAGCACUGAUGAAAAGACUGACAGAAUCUUAAAAAUUUUUAACUUAGGGAAAAUCUGAAUGUGGGUAUUUAUUAUGUUUGCUUUUUGGUUUUGUGGUACAAGUAUUGUCUAUCUUGUUGAUUCACCUUUAUUGUUCUAUUUCUUCAACACAAUUAUUCUUGUCAACACACUUCUAGAUUUGUGUGUAUCUGAAAGAUGCUGCCUCUUAGGGAGAUCUGCUUUUACAAGAUGUGCAGACAAGCUUUGUAACUUGACAGUACAUUUUAACAUUUGCUUAGCAGCAUGAAGGCACUAGUUAAGGCUAGUUUUUCCCAUCUAGUGUUCUGCCUUGAAUAAUUGAAAGCACAAACAUAACCCCUUAGUUAUCACAAUGCAUUGUUAAUGAAGGAUCAUGGUAAAAGAAAUAUUUUUUUAUACUUUGUGCUUGACUCAUUAGUGCCUGACUGCAAAAGCACAGUUGCAUCUCAGUUCUUGAUUCUCUAAAGUGUAUAAUAGUAGAUCCCUUGAUAUCUGUGAAAAGAGCAAGAUUUGGGAAAGAAUGGUAUUAUUCUACAGAAUAAAUAAAUCUAUUUAUUCUCUAAAUACAGAAUGGUAUUAUUCUAUUAUCUACACUGAUGUAGAUAGAAAGGAACCUCCAAAGGCCUUAGUCCUACCUUUCAGUCAGAUUAUGGACAACUUUAAGCAGUUACUCAAAGAAUUGUCCAUGUAAAUUUUAAAAAAUCAAAUGGAACAAAUUCUUUGUUCUUUGCUAUUCUGUUGGGCAGUCCUCACUGUGAAUUUGCUUUCCUAAUAUGUAACUAGGCUUUAAACAUACUGCAUCCCCUGUCUUUUGCCUUUUUCUCUGUUAACUGUAUAACUCUGAAGAGGAUUCUGGCUUCGUCUUCUCUAUACUGUGGCCUUAAGUUGUUAAAGAUAGGUUUAUAAUUACUUUAGCAUAUGUUAUUAAUGUCUGUUUAAAUAAUUGGUGAAGUAUCUGGUAAUGUGCACAGUGUAAGUUGGGCACAUGAUGUGAUUCUUUGGGGCUAUCCUGUGCAGGGCCAGGAGCUGGACUUGGUGAUCCUUGUGGGUCCCUUCGACCUCUGCAUCGUCUAUGAUUCUAUGACUGUAUAGUUAUGCCUUUGUAUAUGUCAUGCCCUUGAAUCAACUCUUAGUUACCUCCUAGUCCAUUUUUUUUUGAUGGAUGCACACUUGGUUCAAAGUGUAAUAAGGCCUUUGUAACAACCCAGGAGCAGCUAAGUGCCUUUUCAAAUGAUCCUUGAUUUGUUAUAUAGUGGUAAAACUUCUGCUUCUUUGAAUUUCUGCAUAACUCUUGAAAUAUCAGAACCAGUUUUUUAAACUUCGACUCAUAAUUUGACUCAGUUGCCUUGUCUGCUGGUCCUGUAAGUUGCACUGGUUUUGUGUAUUGAUAAAUUGAGGUCCUUUUUAUUUGGAAGAUAUUCCACAUAUCUGUGGAGACUUGCCUAUUUGUGACAUUACUGAUUACAGACAGCAAACUUGUGUCUGUAUGCCUAGAAAACUAUUAGUGUUUGUGGAUAGUACUGCCAGUGAGACCUGUGUGAUCAAUUAUCUUUCCCUCCUCUGAUUUAUGUCAGUAGGAAAGUGAUGAGUUGGGGAUAAGAGAUGUAGACCUACUACUUGUCAUUUUAUGCUGUUAGCUUAUACUUCUCUUUUUCAAAUCAGAGGUCAGCUGCCUACAAAAAGCAUUGUGUUGCCUUAACCUUUGGCCCUGAUAUGUUGUUAGGUAGAGCACAACUAUCGAACUUAGUAUUGUUACUGUUGUGCUGAAAGGAUACUAGUGAGAUUACACAGAAUUUUGUCUUUAAAUUAACUUCAUCUUCUGUAGCUUUGUUUGCUAUAUACAAGAUUGUUUGCCUGCUCUUUUCAAAGCAAAUUGUAACAGUUAGAAUAGAAAAUUUCUGAAGUAUUUAACUUCAGAGUUUUAUUGAUGGGGGAUGUGAUAUAGGAACAAAAUUGGACCAAAGUUUUUGUGCCUUCAGUAGUUUUAUAUGUAGAGUUUUUCAUAUUUGUACGUGUCUUAAGUAUAAUAAAUACAUUUUCCCCCUCUGGAAAAUGUAUAUUUAUAUUGUGGAAAAUUAAUAUUGUCUACUGACUAUACAAGAAGUGAACUACAGCUGUUUCAAUACAUAUUUAAUUAUUCUAUUGCCUUUCCCAUUGCAGCUUUUUCUUUUGUACUGCAAUAUGUAGAAAUCCAAGCAUAACUCAGUGUUAUUUCCAACGUCAGAUAAUAAUGACAUGUUGUGCUUGGAGCACUCCCAAAGAAAUUAAAUGCUUACAUAAUUGAAGGUCCUUGAUAAAUGAAAAAAGCUUCUAUGUUAGCAGAUUAAUGUCAUCACUGUAAGCAGUUUUUCAGUUCUUGGAAACUCUGCUUUAUUUAUGAGUGGGAAGCUACCACACAUGAACUUCAUUUGAAGCACUUUCCAAUUCUUUUUGAAUAUGUUACCCACUUUGUGCAGAAGUUCUGCAGCAGCACAAGAUAAAAGUUGCUAACCAAGCAGAUUCUUGCAUCAGAAUGUCAUUGCACUCACUGACCAAAGACUGUUCUGGUUUUACUGAGAUACAUGAAAACCUGUUUUCUCUCACACUCUUUUCUGAUGGGAAGACCCAAUGCAAAGUGGUCUCUAUUUGAGACUAUUACUGGUGGUAGAAACAGUGGAAAAUGAAACUGUAAUGUGAACCAAAUGGUGUGAGAGAAUGCAAAAAGUUAAUGCAUUGCUUUUAGUCCUGUACUCAAGACAAUAAACAUCUCUAAAAAUUGCUGUCAUUCCUUCAUUUUACAUGAUCUGUUCAUAGAAGUUCCUUUUGGUUUAUAAAAAUGUUCGUCUAACACAAGAAAAUACUGUAAAUAUUUGUACCAUCAUGUUUUGUUUGGUUUUUGGUUUUCUUGUUUUUAAAUCUGGCAAAAGAGUGUUUGGGGAAACAAAUGGAAAUGUAAAAUGUUUUUAUAUAAAAAGAUUGUCUGUAUAUUUUAAUAAGCAACAGCUUUCAUUUGUAAAGCAUCUUGUGGCAUUGCAUGAAAAGUAUUCCAUGUCUGUGGAGAUGACUUAAAACUGAAAGAAGAUGUAAGAUGUAUUAAAGAAACCUAUUUUGUGACUGUGUAGUGCAUGGUGAAUUUGAUUUUGUUUGUGCUGUAAUAUAUUCUGGGUUUUUAGGUUAGUGUGUUUUCUGAUUACAUGGUAUCUAUACCUAACUCUUUUCCUAACUCUAGUUGUUGUAGCAUGUCUUUUAAUAAAUGUAAUUAUGGCUGUACUCUCUUA